AUUUUAAGGUAUAAUCAAAUAAUACCAAUCCUCAUUGUAAUUCAAAAAAUAAGAAAUAAAUCUAUAUACCUAGAUUUUACAUGUUAUGUAUUGUAUAAUUACUUAGCUCGUAUGGCGUUAAAAAUACAUGAACAGUAGAACAGGUUUAAAUUCUUGAACGAAACUUGAGGAAGCCCGCGUAAAUAAUUUGUUUGGAAACUUUGCAUUUUAAAAUGGUUAAAUGCAAUAUCAGUUCAAUUUUAUCAAAUAUAUUAAAUAAUAAAGGAUAUAGUCAUUGUCGUUUAUGCUUAGGAAAUAUUGAAGAAACCUAUAUUCGUAUGGAUGACUCUGUUUCGUUAAAUGCAAGCACUGAAAAUUAUCAAACACUAAGUAGUGUGCUUAUUAAACUUUUGGGUGAAGAGUUUGGUCACCAAAUUCCUGGAGUCGAUGCUGUCUGUCUUAAAUGUGUAGACAGUGUUCUUGCAGCAAUGCGGUUUAUAGAUAAUUGCAAAAGCUCUGAGAAAACUUUAAAAUGUGCUGUAGAUAGUAUAUCUAAAGCAUUGGAGUCAAAUGUUCAUAUAAAGAGUGGAGAAAAUCUGUUUAUAAACCUUAAUAACACAGAAACUGAACUAUUUGUUAUGAAUCAGUCUAUAAAAAAAAGAAAACAAACAUAUAAGAGAACCUAUGAGUGUUAUGAAUGUCUAAUUUAUCUUGACACAUUUCAUGAUCUCAAAGUGCAUAAUCUUGCAUACCAUGGAUCUGCCACAUGUAAUAAAUGUCACAAGAUAUUUUUAAAUUAUGAAAGUUUGAGUAAGCAUGAAAAAAAUGAGCAUAAAUUUAUAUGUCCUGAAUGUACUCAUAUUCAAAAUAGUGAGGAAGACUUAAAGAAUCAUCAUAACCAAUAUCAUGCUAUUCAUAUAUGUCAAGAAUGUGGAAAGCAUUGCAAAGGUUUGAAUAAAUUAAUUUCUCAUGAAGAUAAGCAUAAAACAAAAAAUUCUUGUCCUAAGUGUGGUAAGUCAUAUACAACAAAAGAUUUUUAUAAGCGUCAUGUUAAAUUGUGCCUUAGUGACAAAAUAGAUCCACAUCCACAUCGUAAUAUGAUGAAAAAAUCCUAUAAUUGUGAAAAGUGUGGUAAGGGUUAUAGUACAAGAGGUGGUCUUAGAGUUCAUAAUAGGUUUGCACAUGGCAAUGCUAAGCCUCAUGUAUGCAAAGAAUGUGGUAAAAAAUUUACUGCGCCUAGCUAUUUGAGAGUGCAUAUGGUUAAACAUACUGGAGAAAGAAACUUCAAAUGCACUAUCUGUGAGAAUAGAUUUGUAUCCAAAGAAGCCUUAUUAUACCAUACAAGGCGCCAUACUGGUGAAAAACCUUACAGUUGUAACCAAUGUGAUGAGAGAUUUGUAAAUGCUUCAGCUAGAGCAGAACAUAUAAAAUUUAAGCAUGUAGGACCAACACUAGAAUGUGACAUAUGUACAAAAAAAUUUGUUACACGCCACUUUCUAAAACAACAUAUAGACAGACAUCAUGACCCGACCAGUAAACUUUAUUAUGGAAGAAGUGCAGUCCCACCCAAUGUACCAUCAGAGAAAAAUAUGAGAAAAUUUAUAAUUCAAAUGGAAACUUGAAUGCUUAAUAUACUUACAAGGCAAUGAAACUAAGUUUGUAUAAAAAAUUUUAUUGUUAUAAAUUAUCAUGUAACUUAUUUAUGGAAAAUCUUUAUUUCUUUUUUAAGGAUAUAUUUUUAUCUGUUAAUUUCAUUUAUCAUAAAUUAAAUAUAAAAAUACAUUGACUGUUUCAAUAUUAUAUUGUCAUCUCUAUCAUCAUCAUAUAUUCGCAACGAAAUUUAGAGCAGCAGGAAUAUUUAAAAGAAACUUAUAUGUUACCUACUUAACGAUCUCGAAAAGCUGUUUUUGAAAUGAAACUUCUUUAUAUAGGCGCAUGACGCAUCAGGGAGUGAGAAAUGGUGAUCGAGAAGAAAUACACGCUAUUGGUUGAUGGAUUCGUUUAGUAGUUACAUAUUAGAACUUUAGAUGGCAAUUCUGUCGCAUAACUUGUGCAACAAACGCGGAAUUUUUAUUUAUUUAUAUUAUCAUUAGCACAUACCUAUGUGUGUGAAUAUGGAUAUACAAGUAGGUACAUGGAGUGAUCAUCUGUUGGGGCUUUAACCUUAGUAAUAAUUAAUUU